AUGCGUUUGUGGGGUAGCAUGUCGAAGCCUAUUCGUUCGAUGAAGUUUUUACUUUUUAUUUUGAUCCUUUUUAUUUCAUUAAUUGGAUUUACUCAUGGACAAACAAUAACAGACACUGAAACAGAAAGAAAAUCGCCAGUUUGUUUAGCGAGAGCCCAACCAAAAGCCAUGGUCAGCACUUGUGACCCAAACGGAAAUCGAUUUUGCUAUUUAACAGAGGCUAUUGAAUUGAUUCUUUUUGGUUCAAAACAAAAUAGAACAGAUAUAGAAGCACUUGUCGAGGCUAUUCCCGAAACAGAAACACUCGAUUGGUUUUUAACACUUGGACUUCAAGAGUUAGCAAUGUUUGGUAUGAACAAUCCAAAUCUCGUACCGAGUGAUUUUUUCGAUGUAAUAAUUCCUGAUCUUAUUCGAAUAGUGACGCUUCUAAGAGAGAACGGUACUACAGCUGUCACUUGGGCAGAUUUAAAAUGUUAUGUAAUACGUUUCGUUAAUCGUCCGAAUGCUAUUAACCUUGUUCUAUAUUUGCUUCGUGAUGCCCCAAAAAAUUUCAAGACUUACAUUAACGAGAUCUAUCUUGCUGGUAUUAAAGAUAAAAAUUGUAAACGAGCAAUGAGUUUAUGGUUUGAUUCGAUUUCACGACCGUUAGAAAAUACUUGGGCAUUUCGUUUGUUUGAUGCAAGUGGAAAACCGCCAACAAAUAUUUUAGCUGCCAAUACAAAUUGGCUCGGUAAUUGGAAUAGUUGUCACAAAGUCGUGUAUUCAAAUCAAACAUUUCGAUUCAAAGGACGCUAUUGUCGAGCUAAAAUUCGUGCUAAUCCAAUAGUACUUGCUGGGGCUGGUGAUCUCCUUGACGGGUUUCCUGGCAAUCCAGAAGAACUAGCUGCGGUCGAUCUUGGUAUAUGUGUGCCGGACUUUUGUGAAAAUGAAGAUGUAGCGUCAGUUAUUAAUAAUACUGUUCGUUUACUAACCAUUCAUCAACUAUCAAAUGUCCGUUCGAUUGAAGAUGUACUAUGCGAACAUGUAGCCGAGCCCGAUGCACCUUAUUAUGUUUCAAUGGUACUUGUAACAAUUUUAACAGUUAUUGUUAUAUUAGCAACAUUAUAUGAUUGCUUCUUUCGUACUGUAUUGAAUAAACCAUAUGCUACGGCAAGUACAUUAUCGAUGCAAAAUAUUCAUGCAUUAUGUAAUUUUUCAUCAUCGAAAGAACGACCACACGGAAUCUUUCAUAAAGAUGUAAAUUCUUAUUAUUAUCAAUUUUCAAAUCGUCUUCAAUUACAUGGCAUUGGUUAUCCAUCAGAAACUGAAAGAGCACAUGUAUUGAAAAGUCGAAAAAAUUGGUAUAAUCAUAUUAUUUACAAAUUUCAUCGAAUUGCUAUUGAACUCUCGGCUUAUACAGCUAUUCUUAAACCAAUGUCAAGUACAGGUGCCAUGAAAUGUUUAAAUGGUAUCCGUGUUCUUUCAAUGGUAUGGAUCAUUUGGGGUCACACGUAUAAUUAUAUUGGCGAUCAAAGUUAUUUUUUACUUACUCAAAAUGCAUUUGAUUUAUUGGAUCUCCAAAAAGAACGUAUAGAUGCACAAAUUAUAAUCAAUGCACUAUAUGGUGUCGAUACAUUUUUUCUUAUCAGUGCCAUGCUAGUUACAUUAUCAUUAAUGCGUAUGUUACAAAAAAGUGGUAUGCCAAAAUGGUAUUUUUGGCCUAUGAUGUAUCUUGAACGUUAUUUACGUCUUGUACCACCCUAUAUCAUGAUAUUUUUAUUAUACAUAUAUGUUGUACCGUUCAUUGGCCAAGGCCCAUUAUGGACAGCAACGAAUUUUCCAAUGAAAAAUGAUGAUUGCCAUAAUUAUUGGUGGGCGUAUUUUCUUUUAGUUAAUAAUUUUGUACCAGGAGGACGUGGUACACGAUGUCUUGGAUAUUAUUGGUAUGUAUCAAAUGAUUUUCAACUAUUUGUCCUAGCACCAUUUAUGAUUGUACCAUUAUAUUACUAUCCAUUGAUUGGUUGUGGUAUUUUAUUCGGAGUUUUAUUAGCAAGUUCAUGUAUAUUAGGAUUUAACAUUAUGAAUACUUAUCGAGUUGGACAAAUUCUUGUCACACUUCAAGCUAUUUGGGAAGAUACUUAUAUUAAACCAUACUGUCGCGCUGGACCGUAUGUUAUUGGUAUUGCACUUGGUUAUAUAUUUUUUAAAACUGAUAAAAAGAAAAUUCAUUUACAUCCAAUAUUCCAUUUGUUGUUCUGGGCAUUAACGAUUGUUUUUAUGGCAACAAGUAUAUUUGGUAACUGGACAAAUCAUGAAGUAGGUGCUACGCCAAUGUCUCCAUCAGUAUAUGUCCUUUACUUUGUUUUAUCACGUAUUGCCUGGCCAUUGGCCAUAGCAUGGAUUAUAUUUUCUUGUUAUAAAGGUCUUGCGCCAUUUAUUGAUAGUAUGUUAUCAUGGCGUGGCUUUACGUUUUUUGCUCAUAUGUCAUAUACAACUUAUUUGAUACAUCCAAUGAUUAUGGUUUACUAUAUGUUUGCUCAACAAAGUCUAUUUCAUGCAACAGAUAUUACAUUAAUAUAUCUAUUUUUUGGUCACCUACUAUUUUCAUUACUACUUGGCUUUUUAGCACAUGUUGUGUUUGAACGCACAUUUGGCGUUGUUAUCGGAUUGAUUUUGCCAAAACGACAACGAUAA